AUGUCAACCUUCGGCCAAUACUUCAAAGUGACAACGUAUGGCGAGUCGCACGGAAAGUCCGUCGGCUGCAUCGUCGACGGCGUACCGCCCGGCAUGGAACUCACCGAAUCCGACAUCCAACCCCAAAUGACACGACGACGACCUGGGCAGAGUGCCCUAACCACGCCGCGAAACGAGAAAGACCGCGUAGAGAUUCAAUCGGGAACAGAGUUCGGCAUAACGCUCGGAACGCCGAUUGGAUUGAGAGUCAUGAACGAGGACCAGAGACCGAAAGAUUACGGAAAGACGGAAGAGGGAAAGAGGACGAUGGAUAGUUUCCCGAGACCUAGUCAUGCGGAUUGGACUUAUCUGGAGAAGUAUGGAGUGAAAGCUUCUUCGGGGGGAGGGAGGAGUAGUGCUCGAGAGACGAUUGGGAGGGUCGCAGCAGGUGCUAUAGCGGAGAAGUAUCUGCGCAUAGCGCACGGAGUGGAGAUUGUUGCUUUCACGAAUUCCGUCGGACCGGAGCAUCUCUUCCCGUCUACGAGGGAGCAUCCCAGUCCGAGCACGAAUCCGAAGUUUCUGGAGUUGAUCGGGAAGGUUACGAGGGAAGAGGUGGAUGGGUUCCUACCUGUGAGAUGUCCCGAUGAGGGGGUGAAUAAGAGGAUGGAAGAGCUGAUUGGGGAGUUCCGGGAUCGACAGGAUAGUAUCGGAGGGACGGUGACCUGUGUGAUAAGGAAUUGUCCCUCUGGGAUUGGAGAGCCUUGUUUUGAUAAAUUGGAAGCUACGCUCGCGCAUGCUAUGCUCUCCAUCCCAGCUACCAAAGGGUUCGAGAUCGGGAGUGGAUUCGGUGGAUGCGAGAUUCCGGGCUCCACACACAAUGAUCCCUUCAUCAAAGCUCCCGCUCAAGCUCCUGGCUCUGGCGCUGCGGCUUUGAGGGCGAGACCGCGUCUCAUCACCAAGACCAACAAUUCCGGCGGAAUUCAGGGUGGCAUCACCAACGGAGCACCGAUCUAUUUCACAGUGGCUUUCAAGCCUCCGGCGACGAUCGGCCAGGCUCAGACGACGACUACUUACGACGAAGAAGAAGGUGUGCUGGAAGCCAAGGGAAGACAUGACCCAUGUGUCAUCCCGCGAGCGGUGCCGAUUGUGGAAAGCAUGGCUGCAUUGGUGGUGAUGGAUGCUGUGAUGGCUCAGUCAGCGCGACAGAGCGCGAGAGCACUGCUGCCGGUCCUCAACGGCAAGGUGGUGCCUGUUUCCGAGACGAGUAAUAAUUUGACGGAAAGGGCGGAUGGGCAUGCUUGA